AUGUUCUUCACGGGCUCUUCCCACGGCUGGGUCGGGCUUUGGAACCCCCACACCCACGAUAUGUUCCUCUACAACCCCAUAUCCGGCCGCCACAUAAAGCUUCCCCCAUUUAACGUCCUCCCCCAUUACAACCACGACCCGGUUAUAGACUCGGUUGGCGUGGAGAAGAUCAUUCUCUCCUCCUCCCGGGACGACGAGGCCUGCAGGGCCGUGAUUAUCUACAAGCUGGACGGAAUGAUGGCCUUCUGUUGCCCGGCCUGGCCCAACGACACGUGGAUUCCAAUGGGUGACCCGUUGGGCCCGGACGACGGGAUGAAUCCGGGUGGCAGCUACAGUGACUGCGUCUACUCCCCGGGCCACGGGCUCUUCUUUGCCUUCACACAAUACUAUAACUUGGAGUGUUGGGACCUGCAGGGACCCGUGUCCUCAGUGGGAGCCCAAGCCCACGACCUGGCUGGCCGUAAUGGGCCGGGGGCCCGGGACAUCCUCUUUGUGACUCCACACACGACUGACGUGGUGAACUUGGAGGGCUUGUGUUGGGUCGACUCUAUGGACUACGGACAGAUAAAAUUAAAGCCGUUGCCCUACUUCCUUACUAUUGAUUUUGAUGUGGAUAGAUAUGACCCGGAAGGUGGGGAUCUGGUGAGGUGCUCCUCGCUCGGGAAUUGGGCUCUUUUUGUGGGGGCCUGCAGCCACGCGGUUGCGUUGCCUGCGUCCCAGCUGCCCGGGCGGCUCAGGUCCAACUCCAUUUACUUCACUGAUAUGGAAGGCACCAAGGUGUUUCAGGAUAAUGAUCAAAUUAUCAACGGCAACGACAUUGGCAUUUUAGAUUACGAGAAGACGACAGUGUCACCGUGCUAUUAUCCAGUCGAUAUCCGGAAACUCAAGAAGAUUUUCCUGCCGCCUAUUUGGUUCUUCCCCAACCUCGCCUCUAACUGUUAG